AUGCAUUCUGCUACCUCCAUCUCCAUUUCACCCAAUGCUACCCACAGCAACAAGAAUGACGCCGUCCACCACCCUCGUGCAACCAGUGAAAAGCUUCCAACUGUGACACUCACACCCUCUGCCACUAUUCGCAAUCGCUAUUAUCAGAAAUGCCGCGAAGAACAAUCCAAAGAAGAAGACGAGCACAACGAUGAUAAAGAAGAAGACGAGCAACAACAGGACACCGUUUUGAAUGAGGAACAAGUGGGAUGGGCUAUGCACUCUUAUUAUGCACCAUUGAAAUCGCCUGUGGAAUCACCAAAAAGUAUCCGCAGCUUUAUGAGUAGCGACGCUGGAUCCAUCAUGUCACUUCGCACCGAGAUAUUGGGAACCGAUGAUACUGUGUCCUUGUCAAGUUUACGUACCACCGACAGUGCCUUUUACAAAGCAGCAGCAGCAGCAGCAGCAGCAGCAGCAAAUGGCAAACCAUCCCGAUCCAACACUCUCUUCAGAUCUAAAACGGGUGCUGAGCCAAAAAUAGUACUCGAUGGCAGCACCGAGCAGCUGAAGCGUAGCAAAAGCAGAGGUGCUGCAAGUCUUUUAUCGCGUCUCUCAAAAACAACUGCACCUAUGCGUGCCAAAUUAUCAGCCAUGUCGCGUAGCGGAAGCAGUUUCAAUCUACGAUCACAUGAAUACACACCAACACCUCUUCGACGAUCAGCAGAAAGCAUGCUCAAUAUGCCCAUCACGCCAAGGAAGACGUUAUUACGAUCCAAGGGCGAGAGAUCUCAAUCUUUUUCACACACUGAACAGCCCGACGAGAAGAGUGCUGGUGGUAGUACUGCCGACCAACAAAAAGUGCUACGUCCCCACGAGUCAUUUUCUCGAGGCAGAUAUCCAGCUCUAUUAUCCAACACGGGUCAAAUGCUUCAAGAACGUGUCACCCUUAGUACCAAGAUCAAAGAUAGCAUUGAAUACAAGGAUGCAUUUGAUGGAAAACAGGCUGUGGACAAACUUUGCCAUUACAUUGGUACAAAGGAUCGUAACCUUGCAUUGUUAUUGGGUCGUGCCUUGGAUGCCCAAAAGCUUUUCCAUGACGUCAACUAUGAACAUCGACUACGUGAUUCAGUCAACGAGCUAUAUCAAUUCAAGCAGCAUAUCAACAUGGGACAAAAACGAUUCACUGGUGGCAGUGGUGCUGAUCAAGAGGAUGAAGAUGAAGAGGAUGAAAAGUCUGAAUUCAACUUUAUGGACAACAUGACAACGGCUGAAAAGGCAAAUGAUGCUUCGGAUCGGCUACCCAAUGGUGUCUUUACAUUAUUGACGGAUUGUUAUUCGCCUACUUGUUCACGUGACAAUCUUUGCUACAGCUUAUUCUGCCCUCGGCGCAUUGAACAGGCAAAGCAAAAGACGUUACAUCGAACAAGUAGCAAGUCUUCGCUCAUGGAAAAGGAUGAUGAUCGUUUAUGGGCAAGCACUGUACCCAAGCAGAUUUUGAGCAAGUUGUCGAGUGCUGAAAAGAAGCGGCAGGAAAACAUAUUCGAGUUGAUAUAUACGGAGCGUGAUUUUGUGAAUGAUCUUGCCUACGUUAUCAAGUACUGGAUUGAACCGUUGCUUGAAAGCCAAGUGAUUCCUGAAGAGAACCGAGAGCAGUUUAUCCAAGAUCUAUUCUGGAAUAUGCGAGAAGUACAUGAUGUGAAUGCGGAGCUUGCCAAGGCUCUUGAAUCCCGACAAAAGGCAUCGUCUCCUAUUGUUGAUCAGAUUGGCGACAUUAUGCUGCAGCAUGUUGCCUCAUUUGGCCCCUUUGUACAAUACGGUGCGCAUCAAAUGGUGAGCCGCUAUGUUUUGGAGACCGAGAAAUCAACCAAUCCAGCCUUUAUGGAAUUUGUCGAGACUACAGAAAGAUUACCACAAUCACGCAAGCUGGAAUUGAAUGCUUACUUGACAAAGCCAACCACGCGUUUGGGCCGAUACAAUUUGCUACUUCGAGAGAUCCUCAAGCAUACCCCUGCCGACCAUCCAGAUCAGGAGUUGAUUCCCAAAGCCAUGAAUGUCAUUUCCGAGUUUCUAAGCGAUGUCAAUCAUGAGACGGGCAAAAUGGAAAGCAAAUUCUCCUUGCAACUCCUAGCAGAAAAACUCUCCUACAAAGCACCCAUCAUGGUGGAUGAGCGAUUCAUGAACUUGGGCCUGGAUGUUGAGACACGCAAGGUGAUCAUGAAAGGGCCACUGAAACGGAAAGGGUCUGGACCUACUGAAUCAGCUGAUGUGCAAGUGUAUCUGCUUGACCACUGCCUGUUGUUUGUCAAACCCAAAUGCGUCAACAAUCUCGAGAGGUACAAGAUUUACAAAAAGCCCAUUCCACUUGCUCUAUUAUCCAUCACAUUACCAGAUCAAUCACGACGUGGAAGCACCAUUUUACCUUAUGGACGCCCCAGCCUUUCCAACAACUCCAUUUCUUCUCUCAACAACAUUGAUGCCAUUACGGCUGCAGCUGCUGCUUCAUCCACCAAUCUCGGCAAUGCUAGCAGCAAAGGAUACCCCAUUACAUUCAACUAUCUUGGUCGCAGUGGUGCCAAUCCAAUCACCUUGUAUGCUCCUACGCUUUUGGGUCGAAGGCAAUGGGUCGACAAGAUUCAAGGACAACGACAAGCCCUUAUGGAAAAGCAAAAGGUGUUUGACAUUCGUACGAUUGACGCGCGUUUCUUUAAUGCAUUCAAUCGUGUUACGUGUGCUGCAUCGUAUGGUGAUACAGUGGUGCUUGGCAGUGAUCAGGGCGUGUAUAUUAAGGAGCCAACCCCUGUUGCAUCGAGUGCGGCAACCAUUGCUGCUGGUGGUAGCUAUAGCAACACCAAUGAAAAUCUCCGUCGGUUGCUACCCAUGGAUAAGGUGUCGCAAAUUGAUGUGCUUGAGCCAUCAGGCUUGAUCCUUGUGCUAGCUGAAAAGGUGCUCUACACAUACUCUCUCGAAAGUUUGCUUGCUGAAGACUCUGCCAAACGUGGCCGCAAGUUGAGUAGCCAUGUGUCCUUUUUCAAGGUGGGCACCAUUUUCCAAGAUACCCCUUCUGAAAAGACAUUGGUGUGCUAUGUGCGCCACAAUACCAUCCAAUCCACCAUCCGUGCCCUUGAACCACACAUGAGCACCGACAAGAAAAAGUCCCGUAGCAAAUUGGGUCGUCUCAUGCGUGGCGCUAAUGGUGCGGGUACCAGCGAAGGUCUCAAGAUUUACAAGGAUUUAUACCUACCUGGAGAAGCAUCAUCGAUUCAAUACUUUAAAAACAUCAUCUGUGUCGGCAGCCCCAAAGGAUUCCAAAUGGUCGAUUUGUCAUCAGCUGAAGUACAGAGUGUAUUGGAUCCUGGAGAUGAAAGCCAUCAUGCCAUGCUACACAAGGAAAAUCUCAAACCGAUUUCCAUGUUUCGACAUCAAAAUAGCUCCAUCCUUCUUUGUUAUAAUGAAAUGGCAUUCUACAUUGACAAGAAAGGACGAAGGAUGCGACCCGAUUGGAUGAUUCGAUGGGAGGGUCAACCAACUGCAUUUGCAGUGAGCUUCCCAUACAUUGUUGCCUUUGACCCCACGUUCAUCGAAGUGCGACAUAUGGACUCGGGCGACCUUGUCCAAGUGAUUCCCGGCAAGAACGUACGGUGUCUGAAACCAGAUGCUAUGGAUACCAUUUAUUGUGCCAUGGACGAUCCUGUACUUGGAUCUGAAUUGGUGUUUGAGUUGUCACGGUUGUAA